ACAUAUUGUUAUAUACUGGAGAACAGGUUUGGGAUCAAAUUAUAUAAUGCAAAUGAGUGAACGACGAUCGGGCGGAUACCUUCCAACUGUUUGGGACCCUGAACUCAUCCAAUCCUUUACCCCUCUGUGCACGUAUGAGAGUGAUGGACAUCGUCUAGAGGAGCUGAAACAUGCUACUCAGCUUUUGUUUAAAUCACCAACUCGGCCUGAAGAAAAAUUAGAUAUGAUCAACAAAAUGCAACGACUAGAUGUAGCCAAACACUUUAAGAAAGAGAUCAAGGAGUUUCUUACUCAUCUUGAUCCCAAUACUCCAACUGAUCUGUUUACAGUGGCCUUGCAAUUCCGCCUUCUGCGUCACUAUGGUUUCUCUGUCGGUUCAGAUGUGUUUAAUAAGUUCAUGAACAGCGAUGGGAAGUUCAAGGAGUGCUUAAGUGAAGAUGCAGCAGGGCUGUUGAGCUUGUAUGAAGCUUCACACCUUGGGGUGCAUGAAGAAGAUGUUCUUGAUGAGGCCAAGGCCUUUAGCACUAAACAUCUAAAAUUGGCAUUGGACAAGUUGGAGUUGGAGAAGGAUUUAGCCCAACAAAUCAAAGAAUCACUUGAAGUUCCAUUACAUUGGAGGUUGCCUAGAAUGGAGGCUCGAAACUUCAUCAAUAUCUACCAAAGAGAUGAAAAUAAGAAGUUAGCUUUGUUGGAACUUGCUAAGUUGGACUUCAAUCUUUUGCAGUCAGUUUACCUCCAGGAGCUAAAGGAGCUCGCAGAGUGGUGGAAGGGGUUGAAGAUGAAGGACAAGCUGCCAUUUGCAAGAGAUCGGAUGGUUGAGAGUUAUUUUUGGGCAAUGGGGAGUGUUCCUGACCCAAAGUUUUCCAAAUGCAGGAGAAACAUGACAAAAUAUGGAAGCUUAGUGACAAUGUUAGAUGAUGUAUAUGACAUUUAUGGAUCAAAGGAUGAGCUUCAUAAGUACACAACUGCUGUGAAAAGGUGGGAUCUUGAGGCUAUAGUGGAACUCCCAGAGUAUAUGAAGGUGUGCUAUAAGGGCAUGUACAACCAUGUGAAUGAAAUGCUUGAGGAUGCAUUAAAUACUCUUGGCCUCGAUAUCUUACCCUAUAUCAAGGAUCAGUGGAUGUGUUAUGUGCAAUCGUUGCAUGUAGAAGCAGAAUGGUAUUAUGGAGAAUACAUGCCAACAACAUUGGAUGAAUAUUUGAAAAAUGCAUGGAUCUCAAUUGGCAUUCCUGUUGGUUUGGCCUACAUAUUUCUUGCAAUGCUUGAGGAUUCCAAUUCACUCAAUCAAUGUGAAUUGCAAUUAUUCGAGCAGUGGUCCAGCUCUGACUUAUUUUAUUUGCCUUCCUUAAUUACCAGACUUUUGGAUGAUUUAAGCACUUCCGAGGUCGAGAUGGAAAGAGGGGAGGCAAUAAAUUCAAUCCAAUGCUACAUGAUACAAGAAGGAGUGUCUGAGGAAGAAGCACGAGAUCACAUAAAAGACUUAAUAAGUGAUUUAUGGAAAAAACUUAACAAGUCGGUUGCUCAUUCUUCUCUUCCGACUGGCUUCGCCGAAGCUGCAUUGGCAAUGGUAAGAUGUGUUCAUGGAAUGUAUCAAUUUGGUGAUUGGUUUGGCAUUCAAAGCAAGGCAAAUAAAGAUUGUCAGAACUCUUUAUUGUUCAACGGCGUUUAGGUUGGAUGUUUGUUUGUACUUACAGAUACCCUCUUUUCAUUAGAUUGUUUUCUAUGGUUGCAUCUAGUUGUGUCCUUUAAGGGAGUGCUUUGCAAGUUAAAUGGGAUUUAUAUUAGAGUGUGGUGUGUUUUAGUUUUCUAUUAUUGCAAGUCAUUUGGUUUGUUGUUGAGUGGCAAGUCUCUUUGGUGAACUAUUCUUAAUAAAUAGAUCACAAUAUGAGUGAAUAAAAUAUUUUAUAUUAAAAAA